AUGCCGACGACGGUUAGCGCGGCGAGGCAGUGCCUGGCGGGGGAGGCGGUGGCGGCGCUGGACGAGGCUACCGCCAUCGCCCGCCGCGGCGGCCACGGUCAGACGACCUCCCUCCAUGUCAUCUCCGCGCUUCUGUCCCUCCCGUCUUCGCCCUCCUCGCUCCUCCGCGAUGCCCUCUCCCGCGCCCGCAGUGCCGCUUACUGUUCCCGUGUUCAGUUCAAACAUCUGGAGAUUUGCUUCUCGAUGGCGCUUGAUCGCCUCCCUUCAGCGGCAUCCAGCAACAAUAACGGCGGCGGCGGCGGUAAUAACUCCCAUCGGGCACCGGAGGAGCCCCCCAUCUCCAACUCUCUCAUGGCGGCAAUCAAGCGGUCCCAGGCCAGCCAGCGCCGCCACCCAGAUACCUUCCACCUGUACCAGCAACAGCAGCAGAACUCCUCCAGCAGCGUGAAGGUGGAGCUACAGCAGCUGGUCCUCUCCAUUUUGGACGACCCCGUCGUGAGCCGCGUGUUUGGUGAGGCGGGAUUUCGGAGCUACGACAUCAAGUUUGCCAUCCUCCGCCCGCCGCCGUCGGUCCUCCAGUUCCCCCGCGGUGGCCGGAGCCCUCCUCUCUUCCUGUGCAACUUCUCCCUCGGCGCUGACGACUUCGACCUCUCGUCUCGCAGUUUUGCCUUCCCGUUCUCGAGCCAUCCUCUGAACUGCGACGGCGCAGAAGAGAACUGCAGGCGGAUCGGGGAAGUACUCGCGAGAAAGAGCGGUCGUAAUCCACUCCUCGUCGGCGUCGGCGCCAGCGACGCCGCCCAUGCCUUCGAGAAGUCGAUCUCAAGCAAGACCUGGUCCUCCUUCCCCCCUGAGCUACGCGGAUUGGAGUUCUCAAGCAUCGAAAAAGACGCAAUGGAGUUCGUCGGCAGCAGCCUGGACCAUCCGUCGCUGGAUUCGAGAUUUUCCGAUCUGAGGCUCUGGCUGGCGGCGGACGAACACAGAUCGUCGCCGGGCAUUAUCGUCAGCUUCGGGGAUCUGAAGGGUUUGGUAGAUAUGGUCAGAGAAAAGAAGGACGACGAUCAUCUCAGUAGACUGAGUUACCUCGUGACGGAGUUGACGAGGCUACUGGAUGGCCACCCAGGGAGGCUAUGGUUGAUGGGGUCGGCGGCAACGUACGAGAUCUACAUGAAAUUCUUAUCGCUUCAUCCGCCCGUGGAUAAGGACUGGGAUCUGCAACUCCUGCCCAUCACCACCCUCGAAACAAGCCCUCCUGGGCAGUCUCCCAGACCUAACAGGUGCAGUUUCUAUGCUUACAACUCCGAGAAAUCUUCUAUCGGUUAAUCUUUUCUCCCCCAUUUCUGAAUAGCUUUUUGACUUCAUGGGUAAUUAAAAGUCAGCAUUCCGAUGGAAUUAUGGGCUAAAUAAGAGCAUCUUGCUUCUCAUCAUUUCUCUCUCCGAAUUCAGAGCUGUCUCUCCUAAGCGUUGUUCUAUGAUUUUGACCAUUCUGAGAUUCUACGAGUGCUUAUGCCUAAGUAGAGAACCCAGACUCAGAUGGAAAGCUCCAUCAAUUUGCCUAAUGAGAUGCUCCUCGAUCGUAGCCCAUCGGAUUUUAAGCAUCCUUGCAUCAGGAUCGUGGUUGAAAACUAUGUACAGUCAUCUCUUCUCACAAAUCUUAGAAACCUGUAUGCUCAGACGAUUUUAGUGAUCUGCCUUGUUGGACUUGGAUUCUUGUGUCAGGAUCAUGAUUCAGAACUACGUACACAUCUUUCCUUUUAUAUCUUUUUAAAUGACGAGGAAAUAUUUCUUGUUGUAAAUCAGCUCGUCGGUGCAUAAUAAUAUCUGAAUAUCCGUCUUUUUUUGUGCUCGCCGAAUUAUCUGGGGGAGAUUUUGUCCAGAAGCGGAACCUCACGGCUUGCUUUUUUGAACACAUGACAGCUUGAUGGGAUCAUCUGUUCCAUUCGGGGGCUUCUUCCCCACUCCGUUGGUUUCAUCGGCUCCUUUAAGUGGGCCUCAGCAAUUCCAAACUGCGCCGACGAACGGCGUACUGAGCAUGGAAAAGGUGUGUUCUUCGUUGAUGUCGAGUCUGUCGAGAUCUCGUAUCACAUCCUGUUCUAUGAUUUUCGAGACGCUUUAGAUUAAUAUAUAUCGUCAAAAAUAUAGAAAUUGUCUCUUUUUUUCUUUGUAAAAGAUAUGCUAUGCAUCUUCAGUGCAGGCCAAAGAUGAUGGAACAGUAUUCACUGAUAAGGUUGAGGAUCAGCGUGAGAAGGUUGGGCACCAAGAUCUCUUCUGGGUGAGAUCCGAGUCAGUUUCCCGCGAGAAUAGUCUCCAAGAACCCUACAACAAAGAGAGCUCCAGCAACGAGGACGACAGAGACAAGGUUGACUUGCAGAGAAAAUCCUCAGGAAACCAGAAGCCGUCCAUCUCCAUGGUCUCUGAAACCCAUAGUAGCCUCUGCGAGAGCGACCCAUCUCAGAAAAGCACCCUCAGAUCUCACUCCAGCGGCGUGUCCACAGAUCUGAUGCUGGGAACCCUCCAUACUUCAACCAAGAGAGAAGUUCCCAGGACUUUGCCGGACCAUCAAGGCUGUGGUGGACCUGGUUCGAACAACCGGAAGACACAAUCGCCCAAGGGAUCUCCGCCAUUUGAGACCGAGGACGUGAAGGCGAUCUACAAGAGCAUGGUGGAGAAGGUCCCCUGGCAAGGGGAGGCCGUCUGGGCCGUCAGCCGGGCCGUGGUCCGGUGCAGGGCGGGAGACGGGCGGCGCCACCAGAGAGGGGACAUCUGGCUCGGUCUCCUCGGCCCUGAUCGAGUUGGGAAGCGGAAGCUCGCCAGCGCCCUCGCAGCGUCCCUCUUUGGGAGCAGACAGAAGAUGAUCUCCGUUGACCUAAGCUCUGGAGAUGGGUCAAUCCAGUCGAGUACUGCGAUAUGCGGCAGCCAGUUCGUCAACGGGUUUGAGAUGACCCAGAGAGGGAAAACCAUCGUCGACUACAUCGCCGGCGAGAUCCGCCGGAGCCCGUGGGUGGUCGUCUUCCUGGAGAACGUCGACAAGGCCGACUUGCUGGUGCAGAGUAGCUUGUUGCAGGCGAUUCGCACGGGGAGGCUCUCUGAUUCCCACGGCAGGGAGGUCGCCGUCGGCAACGCCGUCUUCAUCGCCGCCGCGGGUUCCCCGGCGAAUCCGCCGGCGGAGUUCUCCGAGGAGGGGAUCCUGGCGGCGCCGCCACGGCGGCUGAAGAUCCUCGUCGGCUCCACCGUUGGUGCUCUGGGAGCUCCUUCUACGGCGUUCCUGUCGAAACGGAGACGGGGGGAUGACUCUGCAGGUUCGUCGAAGAGGGCCAGGAGGCCGUCGAGAGAGCUCUUGGACUUGAAUCUUCCCGUGGAGGAGGAGUCGGCGGCGGCGGCGAACGACAGCGAGUGUUGCGGCCGCGGGUCGGCGGAGGAAGCGGACGAGGCGUGGAUGGAGGAGUUCCUCGACGAGGUCGACGAGUCGGUGGCGUUCAAGCCGUUCGACUUCGAUUCCGUCGCCGGCGACGUGCUGCGGGAGAUCGACAGGAGCUUCCGCGCGGCGGCGGGCGGCGCCGCCUCACUCUGCGCGCUGGAGAUCGACCCGGCGGCAAUGGAGCAGAUCCUGGCGGCGGCGUGGGUGUCGGAGACCAGAGGGGCGCUGACCGAUUGGGUGCGGCGGGUCCUCGCCGGGACCCUUGUCUGCGCUGUAGAAGCUCGCCGUUUUCCGCCGGCGACCACCCUGAGACUAACCGCCGGCGAUGAGGCGGCCGUGGAGGACGGCCAUGUCCCGGGUAUCCUCCUUCCCGCAAGAAUUCCUUUUAACUGA